UUAAAAGGGGGGCGCGUAAUAGGAGCGCGUUUCUUAUCCACGUCAAUGGUCCCACUCGUCGAUACAGAUAACAAAAAUGCUAUUGAUAAGAGAACACACACACACACAGGCACCGCUAGCGUUACGCAAGCACUACCAUAUGUUGCGCUUCAUCGCAACGCGAAGCAUCAGGUCGAUUGUCAGUAUCGGAAUAGUAGCCGUACGAGCACCAUGUACGGGCUCAAACUGCUCUCAGCCAGACGGGACCUGUGCUGGGCCGUGAUUGUGUUCUGCUGUCUGUUUGCGCUCUACCUCUACCACGCUCAGCUGUCGGACCGUCUGGCCACACUCGAAGAGUUCCAGAGUAUCCGUGAGCGUGAGGAGCGUUUGCAGCAGCAGCAGCAACAGCAUUACAGGCAGGAACUAGUGAUACCCGCGUUUCAAGUGUUCCCCUACGAUACCCACUACACACCGGCCCCGAAUGAUGAGUGGAAUGCGAAGCUGCCGGGUGAUAUGGGCGUCCCGGUGACACUGCCCGAUAACGUAACGGACGAGAUUUCGGAGCUGGUUGCGGCAGGUUACGCGCAUCAAGGGUUAAACCAGUACAUCAGUGAUCUGAUACCGGUGCACCGUCGUCUGCCGGAUCUGCGUGAUCCGUGGUGUACGAAGGAGGGCCGGUUACAGGCCACCCUACCGAAGGCAUCGAUCGUGAUCGUGUUCUACAACGAGGCCUGGUCGGUGCUGGUACGUACCGUGCACUCCAUUCUCGAUCGCACACCGAGCGCACUGAUCGAGGAGAUCAUUCUGGUGGAUGAUUACUCCAAUUUGGCACAUCUACGUACCCAGCUGGAGGAAUACUUUGCCAGCUAUCCGCUGGUUCGAAUAUUGCGAGCACCGGAGCGACUUGGUUUGAUCCGUGCCCGUCUGCUCGGCGCUAGGAAUGCGACCUCCGAGUUUCUGACCUUUCUCGAUGCACACUGUGAGUGUACGGUCGGGUGGCUGGAGGGACAGCUUGAUGUGGUAGCUCGGGAUCCCCGGCAUACGAUCGCAUUGCCCACGAUCGAUUGGAUUGAUGAGAAGAACCUCGGGUUGGUCAGCAACAAGGCACCGGUGUAUUAUGGGGCGAUGGGCUGGGGAUUGGAUUUUCAGUGGCGUGGCCGGUGGGACCGCGUGAACAAACCGGAGAACAAGCUCGAACCGUUCAGCACACCGGUCAUGGCCGGUGGUCUGUUUACGAUCCAUCGGAAGCUGUUCGAGUGGCUCGGUUGGUACGAUCAGCAGCUCGAUGUUUAUGGUGGUGAGAAUAUUGAGCUGUCGCUGAAAGCGUGGAUGUGUGGCGGUCAGCUAUUGACGGUGCCCUGUUCCCGGGUUGCUCACAUCCAGAAAACCGGCCAUCCGUAUCUCCUUGGACUGGCGAAGGACGUCGCUCGCACGAACUCGGUGCGUGUGGCCGAGGUAUGGCUCGACCAGUACGCCGCCGUACUGUACGAUCUGUUCGGUGGCCCCCAGUAUCGCGGUGACUUUGGGGACGUGACCGAGCGUAAGCAACUGCGGCGGGCGCUUCACUGUAAAAGUUUCCGCUGGUAUCUGGAGACCGUAUUUCCCGAGCUAGCACCAGCGCUCGACAAACGGCCCGGUCAUGGCCGGUUCGAGAAUGAGGCACUUUCGAUGGAGGGCCAACCGAAACAUUGUCUCACCGCACAGUCGUCUGCCGGUCUGCCGACCAUGGAACCCUGCCAGACCGAUUCCGAUGCGCGGCAACACUGGCUGCAUAAUUUGUUCGGUGAGCUGAGCAACGAGAACCGCUGUCUGGAUUACGAUGGCAGUGCGUUGCGGGUGUUUGCGUGCCAUAAAGCGCGAGGGAACCAGGAAUGGCGUUACAAUGGUACCACGUAUCAGUUCGAACACUGCAAGCAUAGCGCCAAGUGUCUAGCGGUCGAACCGACCACGAAGCAGCUACGUAUCGAUGGUUGCAACGCGGCACAGGAAUCUCAAAGAUGGCACUAUCCAGCGUUAGACUUUAGCAGUAGCAGCGAUAGCAGUAACUAGUUUGCGCUGUGAGCAAGACAGCUGUACAAACACGGUCCCCGUGUCCACUGUCAUGUCAUGGUUGUUGUAAACAAUAGUUGAUCAAGAAACAAACUUGCGGAGAAAAUUGCGUUUUUAUGACU